AUGGUUCUUAACCGACCAAUAGCAAUGGCUUUAUGUGACAAUAAAGAUUCUCAGGAACCGCCUCAAACAUUUACUUUUCCUACUGAUAAUACAAAGGACAGUCGUAGUUUUGAAGGCUACAAUUUUGAUAUGUCAGCUCCGUGUAGAAGAGUUGUUUACCAUCCUCUGAGAGAUCUUGGGUAUAAACCGGAGCCCAACUCAGAGAUCUACGCUUACGGUUUACCAAGCGAUACUACGGAUUUAGAGUUGAUGGAGUUUUUCCAACAAUGUGGAGAAAUUUUUAAAUUAAAAGUUAUGGUGGGUAGUGGUAAUGCAAAUAGAGGGUUUUGCUUUGUAACGUUCAUGAAUUCUGAAGUAGCUAAAAGCAGUCUGGACCUCAACUAUGUACCGUUUAGACCUCAUUGUUAUCUACGUAUCACAUUAUCUUACAACAAUUGCCGCAUUUUUUUGGGAAAUAUUCCGUUAUGCAAAAGCAGAGAUGACGUAUGGAAAGAAUUAAUGAAAAAUGGUGUUACGAAAAUCACAGACGUCAUUAUGUACAGGAAUUACGCAGAUCGAUCUCAGAAUCGAGGAUUUGUCUUUGUGGAGUUUGAAGGACACGAACAAGCUGCUGGAUUCCGUGCCCAAUACGAAGGCCAAUUGUGGAUGUGGGGAAAGGAGAUUAUUAUUGAUUGGUCUGUUCCUCUACCCAUUGUUGAUAGCUCUGUACUAGAAAAGGUAACAACUAUUUUCAUGCGAAAUCUACCUGUCACGUUAAGCAAAGAAGAACUUCAGGAAUCAGUAUUUAAGCUGAUGGAUAAAGAAAAUAUCCAAAGAGUAUAUAAAUUCAAAAACUACGCUUUUAUUCACUUGUUUACGAGAACUCAAGCUGAACAUUUAAUGAAAAUCUUAAAAGAGCACUUUGAUGACGAACUAAUCCAAAUCGAAUGGGCCAAACCUCCAUCAAAACAAACCUCACCAUCGUACAGAAGCCAAAAGGUAAAUCAGAUAACAUCUAAUAUGUCAAGAAAUUUAAAACUAUCUCUGCCUGCUUCCUUAUCAUUAGAAAGUCAAGAAGAUGAUACAAGACAAACAAAUUCUUCGGCAAUGAAGAAAAAAGCUUUAUCAAAUGAUGUAGAACUACCUUCUGAUGUACAUGUUUCUCGUAACUUACUUAGACAUAGACAUGGAGAAUCGUACCUGAACACUGCUUUAUUUACAACAGCCAGAACACCAAAUGACUUAACCAUAUCUUUACCUCAGUUUUCACGCUAUGAUUGGUCUACUAAGGACAAAGAUGUCUUCACAUUAAAAAACGCAAAUUUAAAUAAAGAGGCAAUUAACACCUAUAAGCAAAGAAUGGAGGAGCACUAUGGAAACGGCAAUCUUUCUAAUAUAUCAGAAGACAAAAUAAAUUGCUGCGAGUUAUGCAGUAACUUGGACAAGUUGCUACCAAAGGCCACCUAA